CCCAGAUGUACAUAUACCAGCUCCCCCGCAUAGCUGAGCUUCAAAAUCCCAAAUUUGAGAGCUCGCCCACCAAAAUCCCCAUUGAGGAGCACGAACUCUAGUCGAAUAAUGUUCAUUGGCAACAUUGUCAGCAUAUUCAUUGCAAUAUGCUGCAGUUACGGAUUUUACCUUUACUCCAGCAACACAGGUUAUGUGGCGCACUGGUGGCCCAAAGAAGCAGCAUGCAAAAUCCCGAGCUAUAAGACUCAGAUCGUGUCGGAAGACCCUUUGCUAGUCUAUAUCGAUAAUUUCGUCAGUGAGGCAGAGGCAUCUCAAUUACUUCAUAUUGGGAAGACCCAAUUUGCUCCUUCAAAAUUGUCAACCGGUGCGAGUGGCGAAGCGUAUCGGUCGUCUCAGUCGGCAGGCCUGCCGCCAUCGGAUCCCUCGGUCUCGUGUGUGGGAAGCCGUGCACUCUCUCUGAUGGCAUCUUUGACAGAGCCGUCGGACGACUUUGGCAUUCCUCAGCUAGUAACAUAUCAACCUGGCCAGCAAUACAAACUCCAUUAUGACUGGUUUCAAGAGUCGAUGCGGUAUAAAGACGGUCGAUUAUGCAAUCGCGUUGCCAGUGUCUUUGUCUUCUUGGAAGCCGACUGCACUGGGGGAGAAACAUAUUUCCCGCGCAUUGCAUCCACGGCUUCGAGCUUGGUUGAUGACGGGAAAGCCAUUUGGAAUGCCACGUUUGAGGGAAUUAUGUUUAAACCAAUCCCAGGGAAUGCGCUGUUCUGGAUCAAUCUUCCAGACAAUGGCAAGGGGGACAAGCGCGUUAUACAUGGAGGUCUACCGGUGCAUACUGGAACUAAAACUGGGAUGAAUAUUUGGCCUUUGAAGUGUGAGCCAUAGAUCUAGAGCAGAUGCUGGAUCUUCUAGUUGUCAAGAAGCCGGUUUAUAUUUGCAAAGGUCAACAAAGCAUGCGUAAGUACCCUAAAUUUUGAACUAUAGCUGGUCUCUAGAAUAUUGAAGACCUCGUCUAUAUAAUCUAUUAAAAAAAAUGAAAGAAUUGGGAUCAUGUCCGCAGUAAGCAAC